GCAAAGCUUUGAAACCCAUAUAUAAAUUCUCCAAUGGCAGGCCAAAGAAAGACCCUUUCUUUUUUCUACAUCUUCUUCUUCUUUGUAUCAGCCAUGAAAAAAGCUUCCUCUCCACCAUGAAAUAGAAGACAAAUUCCUCCCUUAACCCACAAAUUUCUUACUUUCAUUUAUUUACAAUUCCCCAAAAAAAGAAAAAGAAAUAAAGACAACGAGAAUUCAACCAAAAAAUUAGUAUUUCUAGGGUUUCUCUCUUCUCUCUCUUAGUUUUUCAAUGUCCAGAAUCUCAGGGUGUUCUGAGGAUGGUGAACGUGAGAAAUUGGGGAAUCAGUUCAGCCAUGAAAGCUCUCAGCUUGGAGCUCCCAAGAAGAAGAGGAACUUACCAGGAACACCAGACCCAGAUGCAGUAGUGGUAGCUCUUUCUCCAGAAACCCUAAUGACAACGAAUCGAUUCGUGUGCGAAAUAUGCAAUAAGGGAUUUCGAAGAGACCAAAACCUACAAUUGCAUCGGCGAGGGCACAACUUGCCAUGGAAGCUGAAGCAGAGGACGGGCGGGAGUGGGAGCGAGAUGAAGAGGAGGGUGUACGUGUGCCCGGAGCCAACGUGCGUCCACCACAGUCCCGCGAGGGCGCUCGGAGACCUCACCGGAGUAAAGAAGCAUUUCAGCAGAAAACAUGGAGAGAAGAAGUGGAAAUGUGAGAAAUGCUCCAAAAAGUAUGCUGUUCAAUCCGACUUAAAAGCUCAUACCAAAACUUGUGGCUCCAAGGAAUACAAAUGUGACUGUGGCACAAUCUUCUCCAGGAGAGACAGUUUCAUAACUCACAGAGCUUUCUGUGAUGCCUUAACAGAAGAAAACAACAAAUUAGCGCGCCGAGGCGCCAUGGCUUCCACCAUGGCCUCUCCCUUCCAACAACAAGUCCCUCGCCUUCCCUCUCCGCCAUUAACGCUGCCACAUGACCUCAUGCCCAUUCCCCCGAAGCCCCUUAACGUAUCAGCCGGAGCCAUGUUCUCGUCGUCCAACUCCGAACGAAAUGACCACCAGUUUCCUUCCCCCUCCGCCCUCAUGUCUGCCACCGCAUUGCUACAGAAAGCGGYGCAAAUGGGUGCUGCUGUGAGCAGCAGUGGAAGCCCCACCACGAGCUCRUCAAUGACCCAACAUAAGAAGGGCUACGUUACAAGGAUGGCUCCUUCUUCCUUUGGCGGACUAUUUCCCCAGACUGUUGCUAGCUUGCCCACCAGCUAUUUGCAGAAAUGCCCACAAGGAACCACUUCAGCUCAGCUGCUUUAUGAUUGCAGCACGGUGGACGUCGAGAUGAUCAACGACAUUUCGACGCUGAAUGGGAUGUUUGAUCAGCCGCUCAUGGAGGCCACGAGGAAGAAAAUGAACGACAAAAAUGGCGCCGCGAAGACGAUGACAUUGGAUUUGUUGGGGGCUGAGGGAGCAAAGAAGGAAGAUCCCUUUGGAGGGUUGAUGGAGAACAUGAGUUACUUUCGACAUCAAGCAGCAAUGGGAAGGCACACAUGGGAGAUUUGAUACUAUGGUGUAUGUGAUUUUAUAAUUCUCAUAUAAUGAAAUGAAUUUUUGGAUCGUC